GGUAGGCUGUGGCGUUCCAAUGUGUGUGUUGCAGAGUCAAAGGAAACUAUGGCCACCGUAGUUGCUGUCAGUCCCAGUGAAUACCUCCAGCCCUCUACCACCACCACACAGGACAGUCAACCUUCCCCUUUGGCCCUGCUGGCGGCCACCUGCAGUAAGAUUGGACCCCCCGCCGCCCAAGCCCCCGCAGCUACGCCGCCGGCACAGCCGCAGCCUCGCCGCCUGCUCCCCAUCAAGCCGGCCCCCAUCGCGCCGGCGCCCCCCAAGAACCUUGGUUUCCUCCAGGCCAAGGGCAAUGUAAUUCAGCUCCCCGCCGGCCUGGGUGCUAGCUCCCCCGGCAGCCCCAUAGUGCUCACCAUACAGCAGACCCCGGGCCGGCCCAGCUCCCAGGGCCCUACCAAUAUCCAGUACCAGGUGAUGCCACAGAUCCCAGGGGCACAGACUAUCCAGGUGAUGCCUCAAGGGGGCCAGAUCCAGCUCAUACCGGGCACCAACCAGGCCUUCAUCACCACCCCCAUGUCGGUUCCGGCCCAGGCGGCCGCUGCCCCCGUCACCACCCCUAUACCUUCACCAAAGACUGUCGCCAUUAAACCCUCGCCCAAAAUGAAGAAGUCGAGCACCACAAAUGUUGUGCAGUUACCCGGCGGACUCACACUGCCGCUUAAUGUGGCAACGGGCGAGGUCGGCGGUGCACAGAUCGUAACCGAGACAUCGGCAGUGGCGCCCAUUGUCGUGGGAAAACAGCGACGAGGCAGGAAGAAGAAAGUGACGCUGCCCGCUCAAGCGCCGCCUCCAGCGCCGCCGCCGCCGCCCCCGCAACCUACAUCACCACCCCCGGAGCAAUUGGAGACCAUCUUGAUAGAAACUGCUGACAACAUCAUUCAGGCGGGAAACAACUUACUGAUAGUGCAGAGUCCCGGCCAGCCGGCGGUGGUCCAGCAGGUGCAGCUGGUGCCGUCCAAGCAGGACCCUCCGGUGGUUCAGAUCCCCCAGCAGGCCCUGAAGGUGGUUCAGGCCGCCUCUGCCUCGCUGCCUCCGGUCCCGCAAAGACAGUCGCCCGUGCCCUCGGGCCUGCAGGUGGCGUCACCAGAUACGGCGCCACCACAGAUCUUUUACAAGACUGGUGCCGGUGAGUGGCGGUCCGUACAACUCCAAGACACCGUCUCUACGCCGUCGACACCCACCACUCCGGUUGCCACCCCCGCCUCGCCGCUCCCAACCGCCGCAGCUGUCAAGAAGACGACUACAGGCGGCAGGAAAGAGCGCACCUUGGCAAAGAUCGCGCCGGCGGGAGGGAUGAUGGCGCUGAACUCGUCGCAGCUGUCGUCAACACAGGCAGUACAGACCAUCAGCAUCAACGGCGUACAAGUACAGGGAGUUCCUGUUACCAUCACCAAUGCAGGAGGCCAGCAGCACUUGACCGUGCAGACAAUGCAGGGCGGCAGCCUCCAGUUGGCAGGUGUGGCGGCUCAGGGCCAGCCCACCAUCCAUGUGGACCAGACGCUGACGCUUGAACUUCCUGGACACACUAGCGAAAAAAAGAGGCGCAUGGCCUGCACAUGUCCCAACUGUAAAGACGCGGAGAAACGGCCGGGCGACAUGGGCAAGCGGAAGCACAUCUGUCACUUUCCCGGAUGUGAGAAGACCUUCCGCAAGACGUCGCUGCUGCGAGCGCACGUUCGCCUGCACACGGGCGAGCGGCCGUUCGUCUGCAACUGGGUUUUCUGCGGCAAACGUUUCACGCGCAGUGAUGAGUUGCAGCGGCAUGCCAGAACGCACACAGGAGACAAACGCUUUGAGUGCAACCAGUGUCAGAAGCGCUUCAUGAGGAGCGACCACCUGACCAAGCAUUACAAGACGCACAUAAAUACCAAGAACCUGUGA